UUGUGAUCAUAUGUUUUACCCACUCUGAGUUCUGCGGGAUUUUAAAACUGUGCCCAAGUAUAUCCAAGUACAAUACUAAUCAAGUAAAAAAAGCGUCAGUAGUUAAAGUCAUGGAAGUUCAAAUCUGUCGCGCUUGCCUGGGAACGUCACCUGUAAUGAUCAACAUAUUCGACAACGCUCCAGGACUAGGGAUCUCCAUCGCCGAUAUGAUUACUCAAUGCACUCCCUACGAGAUUUCUAAAGGAGAUUGCUAUCCCGAAAACAUCUGCGACUCUUGCCUGCACUGUGCUCGAGCCGCCUUCGAGAUACGCCAAACAAUAGAGACGAGCCACCAGAUCUACCUCCAGAUGAAAAAUGCUAAAAAUCUACCAGUCAACGUAAAUCACGGUGUUGGCUUCAGCGAGACAAAGAAAAAGCAUAAAUGCCUUAAGUCAUCUUCCCAUAAAAGUAUUCUUAAUGCACACGCUGGAGAGAAACCGUAUAAGUGUUCUCACUGUUCAAAGUCGUUUUCCCAUAAAAGCUAUUUUAAUGUACAUAUGCGAAUUCACACUGCAGAGCGACUGUACAAGUGUUCCCACUGCUCAAAGUCGUUUCCCAGGCAAUCUCAUCUGCAGAGACACAUCCGAACCCACACGGGUGAAAGGCCGCAUAAGUGUACCCACUGCUCAAAGUCGUUUUCCGCGCGAAUUCAUCUGCAAAUACACAUCCGAACUCACACCGGAGAGCGACCAUACAAGUGUUCUCACUGCUCAAAGUUGUUUCCUAGGAAAUCUCAUCUGCAGACACACAUCCGAACCCACACGGGUGAGAGGCCGCAUAAGUGUUCCCACUGCUCAAAGUCGUUUUCCGCGCGAAUUAAUCUGCAAAUACACAUCAGAACUCACACCGGAGAGCGACCAUACAAGUGUUCCCAUUGCUCAAAGUCAUUUGCCUCGAAAAGUAGUUUGACUGCACAUAACCGAUAUCACACUGGAGAGCGACCAUUCAAGUGUUCCCACUGCUCAAAGUCGUUUCCCGAUAAAAAAAUUCUUAACGCACACAUCCGAACUCACACCGGAGAGCGACCAUACCAGUGUUCCCACUGCUCAAAGUCAUUUUCCAAGAGAUAUACUCUUAAUGGACAUAUCCGUAGUCACACUGGAGAGCGACCAUACAAGUGUUCCACCUGCUCAACGUCGUUUUCCUAUAAAGGGCAGUUGAAUGCACACAUCCUAACUCACGCUGGAGAGCAACCAUACAAAUGUUCCCACUGCUCAAAGUCAUGUUCCACGAGGUAUAAUCUUAAAAUACACAUCCGAACUCACACCGGAGAGCGACCACACAAGUGUUCCCACUGCUCAAAGUCGUUUGUACAGAGUAGUCAUCUCAAUAACCACACCAGAUAUUGUAUUGGAGAGAGACCAUUCAAGUGUUCCCACUGCUCAAAGUCAUUUUCCCAAAAUGGUCAUCUUAAAAUACACAUCCGAACUCACACUAGAGAGCGACCAUACAAGUGUUCCCACUGCUCAAAGUCGUUUUCCUAUAAAGGGCAGUUGAAUGCACACAUCCUAGCUCACGCUGGAGAGCAACCAUACAAAUGUUCCCACUGCUCAAAGUCAUUUUCCACGAGGUAUAAUCUUAAAAUACACAUCCGAACUCACACCGGAGAGCGACCACACAAGUGUUCCCACUGCUCAAAGUCGUUUGUACAGAGUGGUCAUCUCAAUAACCACACCAGAUAUUGUAUUGGAGAGAGACCAUACCAGUGUUCCCACUGCACAAAGUCAUUUUCCAAGAGAUAUACUCUUAAUGUACAUAUCCGUAGUCACACUGGAGAGCGACCAUACAAGUGUUCCACCUGCUCAACGUCGUUUUCCUAUAAAGGGCAGUUGAAUGCACACAUCCUAACUCACGCUGGAGAGCAACCAUACAAAUGUUCCCACUGCUCAAAGUCAUGUUCCACGAGGUAUAAUCUUAAAAUACACAUCCGAACUCACACCGGAGAGCGACCACACAAGUGUUCCCACUGCUCAAAGUCGUUUGUACAGAGUAGUCAUCUCAAUAACCACACCAGAUAUUGUAUUGGAGAGAGACCAUUCAAGUGUUCCCACUGCUCAAAGUCAUAUUCCCAUAAAAGUACUCUUAAUGUUCAUAUCCGAACUCACAUUCAAUAGUAUGAUUUUUUUUUUCUCUGAAAAGGACCAAUCAACGAACCCCAAGCCACACGGAAUACGCAAAUUAUUCAAAUUCUAGUUCUAAUUUUAUUUUAUUCUUUUUUUUUUAUUUUAUAAAUAACUGGAUUGUUAACUAACAUUAAUGAUACCUGCGCAUUAGCUUGCACAAAUAAAUAAAUUUACUUGAAUUAAAAUACUUUGGUAUGCUUUGCUUGCCCCAUUGAGCCCCUUCAAGCUCGAGAAACACUCUCCCAGCUAUAACAUUUUUUGAUAUGCAGAGAUAUUUACAAAUUCACAGAUUCACUGACGCAAAUAAUAGUCAAACAAUAAAUAUUUGCGUCAGUAUUGUUUUUGUUUUUUUUUUGGAAAAGUUAACAACUUUCGUUUCGAAAAAACGCUGAAACUGGGAAAACACAAAGGCUGAAUACUGGUUAUUAUGCAUGAAUUUUCUUGCGUAAUACAUAUUAUUAUGAUACUAGCGCAUUAAUUAUGGGAAUUAUUUAAAUGUUAUAGCCGUAUAAACAGGGUACUUCC